CCCAUUCCAGGAGGAGGAGCUGUAUACAAUGAGCUGGGGAUGCACACACUGCCACUAACACAGCCCAUUCUCAUGCCACCGCUGGCUGUCUGCAAGCAGCCCUCUCUGGAGCCCCCCAGCUCCAGCACAGCCCCCCAUGCGCUGGUGCAGAUUGUUGCUCUGGGGAAGCAGGUUUCUGUCAGGAGGUAAAGCAGGGAAGUUCGUACAGAACAUUAUCCGGGAGAUCAGCCUUCUCCACGUUACAGAGGUAAGCUGUGCAUGUACAUGGGGUGUACUACUAUAUGGAUUGUAUACAGUGUGUACUAUAUGGGAUGUACUAUAUAUAGUGUGUAUAUGGGGUGUACUAUAUAGAGUGUAUAUAGUGCAAAGUGUGUGAUACAUGGGGUGUACUAUAUAGAGUAUAUAUAUAUGGGGUGUACUGUAUAGAGUGUAUAUGGGGUGUACUAUAUAGAGUGCAAAGUGUGUGAUACAUGGGGUGUACUAUAUCGAGUGUUUACAGUGUACUAUAUAGAGUAUAUAUAUAUGGGGUGUACUGUAUAGAGUGUAUGUGGGGUGUACUAUAUAGAGUGUAUAUGGGGUGUACUAUAUCGAGUGUUUACAGUGUACUAUAUAGAGUAUAUAUAUGGGGUGUACUGUAUAGAGUGUAUAUAGUGUGUUCUGUAUAGAGUGUAUAUGAGGUGCACUAUAAAGAGUGCAAAGUGUGUGAUACGUGGGGUGUACUAUAUAGAGUGCAAAGUGUGUAAUAUAUGGGGUGUACCAUAUAUAGUAUACAGUGUGUGAUACAUGGGGUGUACUAUAUAGAAUGUAUGCGUGUGAUGCAUGGGCUGUACUAUAUAGAGUGUGUACAGUGUCGGGGGUUCACUAUAUAGAGUGUAUACAGUGUGUACUAUGGAGACAGUAUGCAGUGUCUGAUAAAUGGGAUGUACUAUAGGGUAUACACAAUGUCAGAUACAUGGGAUGUACUGUAGGGUAUACACAAUGUCAGAUACAUGGGAUGUACUAUAGGGUAUACACAAUGUCAGAUACAUGGGAUGUACUGUAGGGUAUACACAAUGUCAGAUACAUGGGAUAUAGGGUAUACACAAUGUCAGAUACAUGGGAUGUACUGUAGGGUAUACACAAUGUCAGAUACAUGGGAUGUACUAUAGGGUAUACACAAUGUCAGAUACAUGGGAUGUACUGUAGGGUAUACACAAUGUCAGAUACAUGGGAUGUAGGGUAUACACAAUGUCAGAUACAUGGUAUAUAGGGUAUACACAAUGUCAGAUACAUGGGAUGUACUAUAGGGUAUACACAAUGUCAGAUACAUGGGAUGUACUAUAGCGUAUACACAAUGUCAGAUACAUGAUUGUAUUUCUGCUAGUGUGUGUGGGAUGUGUUUUAGGAUACAUACUGUACACAAUACAUGGAUUGUACUGUUGUCAAUGUACAAGAUACUAUAUAUAUUAUAGGUGUAUAUAUGCACAUUCUGGGUCUUGGCGUGACGUGUACUGCUUUCUGUAUGUAGACAAUACAUACUGUGAGUGUACACAUAGUGUGAUACAAACUGUUUGCUGAUAGCAGUUUGUGCAGGUUGAUCUAUAAGGGUACAUAAUGUUUGAUACCUGCUGUGGGCUGUGUUAGUGUGUACAGGUUGUUCUAUAAGAGUACACAAAGUUUGAUAUAAGCUGUGUGCUGCUAUUAUUGUAUACAGGCUGAUGUCAUUGUAUACAGCUUGUCUAAUACACAGCAUGUGGUGUUAUAUUUUGCAUACCAGUCUCUGAUACUUGCUGUGCCAUGUUGUCAUUGUGUACAGACUGUCUGGUACAUGCUGUGAGUGCACCCAGAUUAAGAUAUACUGUCCACAGCUGUCAGAGAGUAUGCAGUGCUAUUGAUGUAUGGACCGGUACAUGCAAUGUGCUGUCAGUGUAUACAGAAUAUAGUACAUGGUGUGUACAGACUAUAAUAAAUUGUGUGUACUGAUUGUAAUACUGCUGUCAAUAUAUACAGACAGUAUUACAAAGUGUGUAUGCAGACAGUGUUGUAAUAUAUAGGGUGUACAAGCUGUGCUAAAGUAGUACACACAAAUACAUACAUUUGUUUUGCUAGGUGGAAUUUCUGUACAUCCGACUAGGAUUAUAAAUAUACAAAAAUAUACUACAUAGCCGGACUACAAGGACCCUUUAGUGAAUAACAAUAUAGGACUAUCCAACCUAAACAGGGACACUUGGGUAGUGUAGCUAUCUGUACAGUGCGAGAACGUAAAUCCCACCGAUCUGGGAACUGAUCAAUAUAAAUCGAGUCAUCUAAAAUGUAUGGUCUAAAUCAAAGCUUUUCAGACAUUUGCCUUUCCAACGCUGAUUUUAUAUAAAGCUCGGGCACUGCAGUCUGGGCACAGCUUCUCUAACGAUUUCAUUCACUCUGUUUUACGUGUCCUCCAAAUAUUUUGGACCCACACCAAAGUACGGGACGUGGAACCUUGAGAAGUCCAUCCAUUUCCCCGGCAAGCUGUCACCCACAGCCAUUCUGGCCAAACAACCAUUUGGCCUUGAAUUACGUAAAAGCUUGCUGUGGAUCGAUACCUAUGCGAUCAGACAGGAAUUGGAUGUAUUAGCAGGAUGCUGCAGAACGAGACAGUAUAAAUCUAGACACAAUGGCUAAACCUCACUUACAGGAGCUGUGGGGUAUUUGAAGAAUAAACACAGAACAAGAAUCAAACUGGCUUCGAACCUGCUGAGCAUCCACAGGAGGGCUGGACUGGGGAGACUUUGAAACUAUUUUUGUUAUUUACUACAAGUGAUGCUGAAAGGGACGCUCUAAGCAUCCAACACCCAAUGGUCUUCAUGAAGGUUGUCGGAUGAAGAAGUCCCCUGACCCUGUGUCCCAGCAGUUUGUAAAGGAACAAUGUAUUAUCUGUACAAUAAAUGAGGGUCAGCUUAGCCUGGUAGAGAAUAGGUAUUUUGGAGUUAAAAAGUGGAACUCUCUGGGGGAUUAUACAAGAUAUUAUCUCUCCUAAUCCGCAUUACACAGUAAAUACAAGUUAUAGAUAAAUAUAAUUUCACUCAAACUGCGCAGUGUGGGGGGCUGGAUAGGAGGGGAGAGACAAACACACAGUAUUUAACCAUCUACUACCACCUAUCUUAUUUAUCUGCGCCAAUCUCCUGCUAAAUAAAUACUACGCAUCACAAUUGUGGCAUUCUUUGUACACCCCAUCAGUACUGCCAUCUGUAUACAAGCACCUCAUUCAGCUGUUGCACAACAAAUGUACUUUUUAUAUGCGUUCUGAAUAUCGCAAUAGGACAACUAAAAGGGUACAUUAUAUAUUACUGGUAUUUAUAAAGCGCCAACAGAUUCUGCAGCGCUGUACAAUUAGUGGAGAACAUACAAUAUACACAGACAAAUACAAAAACUAGAGAGGGCCCUGCCCGUAAGCCGAGAUCUAGCCAUUUAAGCCCGUGAUCUUACAAUCUACAUGUUCCAAUACCUAUCCACCUGUGCAGUUCCCCACUAAAGCAGGUCCACCGUCAUCCCCACGUGUGCAGGUUCCUACUGGAGCAGUUCCAUUGACUUCCCCCACCUGUGCAGGUCCAUUGAUCUCCCCACCUGUGCAGGUCCACUGACCACUUGUCCAGUUCCCCACUGGAGCAGGUCCAAUCAUCCACCGACAUCCCCACCUGUGCGUUUUCCAGGUUCCCCCAGAAUACAGGUCCACAAGCAUCCCAUACAGGGAGUGCAGAAUUAUUAGGCAAAUGAGUAUUUUGACCACAUCAUCCUCUUUAUGCAUGUUGUCUUACUCCAAGCUGUAUAGGCUCGAAAGCCUACUACCAAUUAAGCAUAUUAGGUGAUGUGCAUCUCUGUAAUGAGAAGGGGUGUGGUCUAAUGACAUCAACACCCUAUAUCAGGUGUGCAUAAUUAUUAGGCAACUUCCUUUCCUUUGGCAAAAUGGGUCAAAAGAAGGACUUGACAGGCUCAGAAAAGUCAAAAAUAGUGAGAUAUCUUGCAGAGGGAUGCAGCACUCUUAAAAUUGCAAAGCUUCUGAAGCGUGAUCAUCGAACAAUCAAGCGUUUCAUUCAAAAUAGUCAACAGGGUCGCAAGAAGCGUGUGGAAAAACCAAGGCGCAAAAUAACUGCCCAUGAACUGAGAAAAGUCAAGCGUGCAGCUGCCACGAUGCCACUUGCCACCAGUUUGGCCAUAUUUCAGAGCUGCAACAUCACUGGAGUGCCCAAAAGCACAAGGUGUGCAAUACUCAGAGACAUGGCCAAGGUAAGAAAGGCUGAAAGACGACCACCACUGAACAAGACACACAAGCUGAAACGUCAAGACUGGGCCAAGAAAUAUCUCAAGACUGAUUUUUCUAAGGUUUUAUGAACUGAUGAAAUGAGAGUGAGUCUUGAUGGGCCAGAUGGAUGGGCCCGUGGCUGGAUUGGUAAAGGGUAGAGAGCUCCAGUCCGACUCAGACGCCAGCAAGGUGGAGGUGGAGUACUGGUUUGGGCUGGUAUCAUCAAAGAUGAGCUUGUGUGGCCUUUUCGGGUUGAGGAUGGAGUCAAGCUCAACUCCCAGUCCUACUGCCAGUUCCUGGAAGACACCUUCUUCAAGCAGUGGUACAGGAAGAAGUCUGCAUCCUUCAAGAAAAACAUGAUUUUCAUGCAGGACAAUGCUCCAUCACACGCGUCCAAGUACUCCACAGCGUGGCUGGCAAGAAAGGGUAUAAAAGAAGAAAAUCUAAUGACAUGGCCUCCUUGUUCACCUGAUCUGAACCCCAUUGAGAACCUGUGGUCCAUCAUCAAAUGUGAGAUUUACAAGGAGGGAAAACAGUACACCUCUCUGAACAGUGUCUGGGAGGCUGUGGUUGCUGCUGCACGCAAUGUUGAUGGUGAACAGAUCAAAACACUGACAGAAUCCAUGGAUGGCAGGCUUUUGAGUGUCCUUGCAAAGAAAGGUGGCUAUAUUGGUAACUGAUUUGUUUUUGUUUUGUUUUUGAAUGUCAGAAAUGUAUAUUUGUGAAUGUUGAGAUGUUAUAUUGGUUUCACUGGUAAUAAUAAAUAAUUGAAAUGGGUAUAUAUUUGUUUUUUGUUAAGUUGCCUAAUAAUUAUGCACAGUAAUAGUCACCUGCACACACAGAUAUCCCCCUAACAUAGCUAAAACUAAAAACAAACUAAAAACUACUUCCAAAAAUAUUCAGCUUUGAUAUUAAUGAGUUUUUUGGGUUCAUUGAGAACAUGGUUGUUGUUCAAUAAUAAAAUUAAUCCUCAAAAAUACAACUUGCCUAAUAAUUCUGCACUCCCUGUAUGUACAGGUCCUCAGGGCUUGCCACCUGUACAGAUUUCCUGGAUUACCCAGCAUGAGUGAACAUGGAUUAAUGUGUUUGACAAAUCCACCUGCAGCUUCUUAAUAAAAUUCUGAAAACCAGCUGUGGAAGUCCUGGGCCCCCGAGGCCCGCUUGCCAGAGGAGCACGGGAGACGAGCAGCUAUUCUGAUGAAUUACCAUACAAAUGGCCUGCUCAGUAAGAAGAAAUAUACAGUACCACUCAUACAAGCACAAAUAUCUGAGACGGAGGUAAAAAUAUUCCAGAACUGAGAAGCUUUAUCAACUGACUAGAAAAUGGUUUAUUUCUGUAUAAGUCACUACUAUCCUGAAAUCUAACGCCUAUUAAAGGGGAGCUGUCUCUUCCGGCUUAAUCAAAUUAUGUUUAGCGAUCUGACACAAAUAUGAAUUUGUAAGGUGUGAAAAAUAAAAUUCACUGUAAAAAUCCACAUCGUUUUAUCCCGCAUCUGGGCAACUCCAUCUUAGCUUGCCAGGACUGAGCGGUAUUUUAAAGACAUUUGCUAAAAUCUCUCUUAUAAAUAUCAACGAAAAUAGAGCCUCACAUGAAGCAAUAACAACUUAUAGUGAUUUUAAUUUUUUAUUUAGUGUUCUAAUUUCCAGAGAAGUGGUAAAUACAUCAUCUCCUGAGAUGAAGUGGUCACGACGUGUAUUUCAAUCAUUCUUAUUUCUCCAAUUAUUUUAAUUUCCCCAUUUUCUCUCUUGUCUUUUCCAGCAUUUCUCCCUUGUAUUUCCCUUAGUAUAUCUCUUCAGUAUAGGUCUUCCAUUCUAUAUUCUUUCUUCCCUGUGUCUCCCCCGAAUGUUCUUGCUCCCAUGUGUCUCCCCCGAAUGUUCUUGCUCCCAUGUGUCUCCCCCGAAUGUUCUUGCUCCCAUGUGUCUCCUCCCGAAUGUUCUUGCUCCCAUGUGUCUCCUCCCGAAUGUUCUUGCUCCCAUGUGUCUCCUCCCGAAUGUUCUUGUUCCCCUGUGUCUCCCCCCCCAUGUUAUUUCUCCCCUGUGUCUCCCCCCCAUGUUAUUUCUCCCCUGUGUCUCCCCCUCAUGUUAUUUCUCCCCUGUGUCUCCCCCCAUGUUAUUUCUCCCCUGUGUCACCCCCCCAUGUUAUUUCUCCCCUGUGUGUCCACCCCAAUGAGCUUUCUCCCACCUGUCUCGGUCCCUUGAAUGAACACAUAUGGCUGCAUAUACAUUGAUAGCAAAUGAAGAAGUCUAACUACAACGAGGAACAUUCUAUAUAAGUAUACUUAGAUUUUAGGUGUUUGCUGAGAGAUAAUGGAAGGGUAUCUGUCCCAUGAGAGUAUUAGAUGGAAGGUAACCUGCAGUGGUGAUAAAGUAUGAUAUAAUUAUUCAUAGAAAUUUGUCCGACAUAAAAAGCAAUGUGAGAUUGUCCCACAGGGUUCUGCCGGUGGUUGUGUCAGCGAUGGGGAUAGAUUGAGAAAGUUUGUGAUGAAAGAACAUUCAUUUUGAAUGAGUUUGAGGGAACGUCAGAUCUCUGACCUGUUUCUAGUAAAGUGUUUUGGGUUGGAUGUGUGAUCUCAGCGAGCGGUUAAUGUCACGUUGAGGGCAAUCAGUGUCCGUGUCUGUGGAAUGGGGGACAGCUGGAAGCAACGUUUAAUCACACGCCUGUUAGUGAGGGUUCAUGCUAAUUCACAAUCUCUCUGAUUACAUUAAUCUCAGGGAAAAUCUUAUUCAAUACAGUGUGAAAUGACAGGAAUUCAAAGUGAAUGUAACAUUUCAGGCCAAAGUAGCCAAACUAAAAACAGAGCGGCAGAACUGGUUACCCAUUAGGAGACACAGCCCUGGUCCUCCUCACUCUGCUCUGCGUUAUGAUCUCUACCAAUAUCAGGUACAAAGCUCUCCAGGAGUGCCCUCGCUCUUAAAGUGACCUGUUCCUGAUAUUAGUAGAGAUGAUGGAGCUCCCUCACUGGACCACCAGCUCAUACUGCACUAGGCCACCAGGAACCCAGCUCACACUGCACUGGACCACCAGGAACCCAGCUCACGCUGCACUGGGCCACCAGGAAUCCAGCUCACACUGCACUGGGCCACCAGGAAUCCAACUCACACUGCACUGGGUCACCAGGAAUCCAACUCACACUGCACUGGGCCACCAGGAACCCAGCUCACACUGCACUGGGCCACCAGGAAUCCAGCUCACACUGCACUGGGCCACCAGGAAUCCAGCUCACACUGCACUGGGCCACCAGGAAUCCAGCUCACACUGCACUGGGCCACCAGGAAUCCAACUCACACUGCACUGGGCCACCAGGAAUCCAGCUCACACUGCACUGGACCACCAGGAAUCCAGCUCACACUGCACUGGGCCACCAGGAAUCCAGCUCACACUGCACUGGGCCACCAGGAAUCCAACUCACACUGCACUGGGUCACCAGGAAUCCAACUCACACUGCACUGGGCCACCAGGAAUCCAACUCACACUGCACUGGGCCACCAGGAAUCCAGCUCACACUGCACUGGACCACCAGGAAUCCAGCUCACACUGCACUGGGCCACCAGGAAUCCAGCUCACACUGCACUGGGCCACCAGGAAUCCAGCUCACACUGCACUGGGCCACCAGGAAUCCAACUCACACUGCACUGGGCCACCAGGAAUCCAGCACUGGGCCACCAGGAAUCCAGCUCACACUGCACUGGACCACCAGGAAUCCAGCUCACACUGCACUGGGCCACCAGGAAUCCAACUCACACUGCACUGGGCCACCAGGAAUCCAGCUCACACUGCACUGGACCACCAGGAAUCCAGCUCACACUGCACUGGGCCACCAGGAAUCCAGCUCACACUACACUGGACCACCAGGAAUCCAGCUCACCCACCCACUCUGGGAAACCUUAAUCUAGCUCUGCAUAGCAUAUUAUAUGUAGUUCAGCUAAGUUCAAUGUCCACCCUCACAUGCCUGUAUCUGUAGCUGAUUCGAUGGAUUUCCAAUUGUGCCAACAUAAGGGAGGCAGGUCUGGAAUGGCAAAUUCAGAUACAGUCACAUUUCUCCUGUCAAAUCUCCAUCAGCUCCAAUUCAGGGUUUAGUGGAUAAGCUUCACUGCAUUCACUAUGAAGACAAGAUAAGGGACAGGAUAGGAAUCCUGAGAUUGGCAACGCAGACUGAAAAUGUGAAGUCAGAGCAAGGAUCGCUCUACGAGAAUUUCUCAGCUUCUCUGAAUGUCAAGACAAACUACCUAUCAUCUCAUGUUCCUCCGAUACCAACUCUUUCAACGACAGUUUAUUCCUCACUUGUAGCCUAAGAGAUAACCUUUUCAUAAACAGAAACCAUGGAAAAUCCCACAGUUCAGGAUGUAUCAUCACAUUAAAAUAAAUGUCUGUAGAACAGGGGGGCAGGGGAAGGCGGGCGCAAUGCGCAGGUCAAUGUUGGCGAUAGUCUGCUUCGUUUAUCUCACAAUCAUAGCAUCAGAAACACAACAAUACAGCGAUGCAUUUUUCAAAGAUUCAUUGUACAUUGCCACCCUUUUCUGACAGUUUGGCGAGAGACUUUUUGCGUAUGCAAAAGAGUGCAUAAAUAUAUAUAUUUUUUAAAUGUUGCAGUUGCCACGGAAACCAAUGGGGAUUAUUCCACUUAGAAAAAGGUCGCUAACACAAAAGAGGGGGGAAAUUCUUUAAGUGGCGCAAUCACCAUGGUAUUCAAGAAAAUGUACCAGAAUUUCCCAUCUGUUUUCAAUAGGGUUGUGUUAUUUUCUGCCCUGUAAUUAUUUGGAUACCGCGUCUAGGUUUGCAGAACGCGUUGACUUUACGCUAACGGGAUAUGAUACAUUUUACAAUCCACAUUAUAUGAAGAUAUUUAAGAUGCCGUAUAUGAGCAGCAAAUGACUUGCCUUAAUAAAUACCUAUCUACGUAUUCCUCUGGACUCCCAAUGCAAAACACGGUAAUUCACCUUAUAGAUGGUACAUACCGUGACUUACUUGUGCACAUGGCUCAUCUACUGCAAUUGUCCCGGCACAUUUCUCCUCCAGACAAUUUAUUUGCACAUGGAUCUUGACCAGGUCACCUGUAAAUAAAGACAGUGAUUGGUAAAUGAUGGAUGGACAGCAUUGCCAUGUAACUAUGAUUGGCCAUUGCAUACCAAAGCAUUCUCUGCUGUGGUCGUUUUGGGGGAGUAUAAUCAGAUGUCUCAUUUAAGGGGCUGAGCAGCGCACACCCCUCUGAUAGCCUAAAGGUGAUGGCUGAGCGUUAAACGUUAAUACCGAUUUUGGAAUAUGAUGAACAUAGAGGAACCCAAAGGUACACAAAUGGGAAUUUCUACACUAAAUAGGGGAUUGUAGACAAAUGUUAAACCCUACAACAGGACAGAAUAUAGAACUUUGCGCCCCUGUCUCCACGUUAUUCCUUGAGAGCUACAGGUUUGCAGGGAAUUUUGGGAAUUGUAGUUUAACAACAUCUUUAAGGCCACAGUUUGAUUCAGACUGGUGGUGGAUACAGUGGAAUAAAUUAUACAGGGUUGCAGAAUACAUUGAUUCUUUAUAAAUAAUAAUAAUGAAGACACAAGAUGUGACAUGUUAGAACUGCGUCUCCCGCACACAUUGCUGUCAGCAUGUCAGAAGGUGGAAAUUAACUAAAACAUUUCUGUAGAUCGCCUGAGCCGGAGAGUAUAGGAAGGUUAUUGGUGCGUGCCAGUGAGUCGGGUACAGUGCCGCUUCUCAAAGAUUCAUUAUACUUUAGUUUCUGAGCAUUUCUAAAACAAUCAGAUCUUAUGUUCUUAUUCUGGGAUAAGGAAUAUUCGGAAUCUUUAACUUGCCCAGUAAUAUCCUUCAUUUAGACUCCUCAAGUUAAUUGGAAGCCCCAGAGUGUGUCAGACAGCGGUAUUAUUUCAUAUUAACAUCACAUGAGAUGAUUUCUCCAAAACUACAGUCAUCACAAGGCAUGCUCUAAUGUCCAGAUUGCAUGACCGGGUUCAUAGUUCCAAUAAAACUUUUGAUCCUUCAGCCAAAUUGAGAGGUAUUCAGAAUAGCAACAUAUUCUACACAAUAUUAAUCAUGCAUACAAUUAUCAGCCAUGGGAAGCAGGUUCAGCGUGCUACCUGGGCCAAAAUAAUAUGGGAGCAUGGUUAGAAGUAAAAGAUUGUCCAAAAACCAGGGUCACCAUGACAGACAGUGAGCAGAAAAUAGGGUCACAGUGACCAGGAAUGAAAAUAAAUCAUGGUAACAGUUACACAAUGGAAAAAAAACAAUUGCCCAGAACAGACAAUGUGCAGAGAUCUGCAAUCAGGAAUUAACAGGAAACAGAGUUAUUGAGAGUGCCGUGGUAAUGCUUUAUAUGAUUACUGAGAGUCUGAGUCUGGAAACAUUCUCGAGGUCAGCUGUAUUUACGACUUGGUUAUUUUAGCCCAAAUGUUGCCAUUCGAGUUAUAAUUUGCUACAGUAUGAAAUUUAGUGAAUAAAGUGCUCUGACGCGCUGGCGUUGGCUAAACAAUGCUGAUGGUCCAAAGACAGAGCUCUGAUUGGAAAUGACACCUCGAUCCAGACCCCUAGUGGUGUUAAUGUUGUCAGACACCCAGGAUCAUGCUUCAUAUUGGAGUCGAGGUUAACAAUAUCUUCCUGUCCUACGAUUAAUUGGAAACUCAACUCCCCAUAAAUGAACCACUGCUUUUCUACCUACAAACCAUCUACAGCCAAACAGCCUUAUUGUUUCCAUGAACCAGAUUGCAAGCUCCAAGAAUCAGAGAUACAAAUUGACAAUCACAAUCCUAUUAGAAAUGGAUAUAUAUAAAAAAAUAUUUUCAUAAAUAAGACUUUUCUUUUAUAGUAAUAGCAACCUCAAAGACUCCCUCAAUCUUCAAAUACCAAUAUAUAUAUAUAGGGAUAGGGAAAUACAAAGAAAGGCACAACACUGUGCUUAAAUGUGUUAUUAAAGAAAGUGGUGUUAGAUACAAUUGGCCACUCACACUUUGGAUGUUAAAUUCAAGCCUUCGGAAUAUGUUUAAAGAUGUCAUUGGGUUUUCCUCCUGUUGCUAUGUAUUUUUAAUGGCAUGGACCAUAGAUAUUUAGAAAAAGAAAUUGCCCAAAUUGAAUGCAAAGUAAUACUCCCCCCUCCCUCAAACCAUCACCCCCCUCCCUCUCACCAUCGAUCCCCUUCCUCUUAUAUCUGUGUGUCUGUAUGUGUCAGUGUUUGCCUGUAUGUGUGUAUGAAUGUGUUUCUAUGUAACUGCAUGCGUGUACCUAUGUGUCUGUGUAUGUGUGUAUAUGUGAGUAUAUGUGAAUACAUCUCAGCAUUUCGACUACACUACACACAAAUACAACCCUGCAUCCAAAUGUCAACACUACAUAAAAACACACCACCAUAUUAAAAAAAAAUCACACUACAGAAAAAUGCAAGCCUGCAUUCAAAUGCCAAUACGUGCAAACAUACCCGUCCAUUCACUCACACAUACUCCAUUCAAAAACAUGCUUACAUUCAAACACACAAACACUGCUCGCUGCUAAAUACAUUGAAAAACUAUACAAUAUGUGCAAUGUAGAGACUGGGCUGCCUUGUGAUGGGAUAACCUAAGUUCUAACUAUAUUUCUAUAAAAAAAAAUAAAAAAAAUUAAAAAAACCAUCCAGCAAUGACCUCAAAUAUCCUGAAAAUAUAUUCUCCUCUAACAGACCUGACAGUAAAUGGUAGUGUUUACCCAUUGGAUGGAUUUGUUUGCAGAUACGGAGCCGUGUAACAUAGUCGGCAGUAUUUCUGUCUGUUAACAUAGUUUUCCUGCCAGUCUGCAAGGGGUUACACUGUAUUUCUUUAAUUCCACAUGGCAGCGCGAUUAUCCUUUGAAUAAGAAGAGACAUAAUCCGUUUGUUUUACAUUUUUCUCGGUCAAGUUACACGUCCCGCUGUGAUUGGUGCCUAAUGCGAGACGUACAUGGCACAGACAGAAAAGUGAGGAAUCGUUAGCGAGUUAAGGUUUUUAAUUAAGACAUUGUAUUGCUCUAGCUGAUUCCGAGAGGAACGUCCAGCCAUGAAUUGCAAUCAGCCGGCACAGCCAUUUCCUUCCUCCCGGUUUGAAAUUAUGCUGUUACACUUGACAUACAAACAAAGAGAGGCCUUGGCCUUUAAAUAGCCCGUGUAACAGCUUAGGUCAGACCCAUGCCUGCUUACAUAUAUAAAGUCACUUUAACUUAAUGUAGCCUACUGUGUGUUUACACCACUUUCUUCGAACUAAACUUCCCUCUUUCUCUCUCUCCCUCUAUAUUAUAAAAUACUUAUGCAUGCGCACACAUAUAUACGCCAAGCCUUCACUCACUCAAUUAAUUUUCUGUAAGGUAGGAAGCUGAAAUUUGGCAUGAUUGCUUGCAGAACCAGUUAACAUAGGGGCUAUUGGAGCAGCAGCCCCUUUUAAAAAAAGGCUCAAAUAUAAAUGGUAAGAGUUUUUAUUUAUUUAUUAUACAAUAAACGGACCGCUGCCGCUACUGUGAUGCUCCAAUUAUUAUGUAUUAAACUAUAAUUUUAUUCAUGGCUUCCCAGCCCGUAAUGUGCGCAGGUUCAUGACCAGAUGUGUGACAUCACAAUCACACACAGGGAGAAUCCAGGGGUCAGCAGGAUGUCUGCUAUGUGUCAAACACUCCAUAACAACCGAGAUAAUGAAAAUUCAUCGUCUCUCGCUAGGCUCAUCAAAUGGUUCAGCUUUAAAACCAUCAACCAAUAAAUCCAGAACUGGCUGCUCGUAGAUCUCCAAUAAAAUCUAAAUUUUAAUGUAAUAUUUAAAUGGGAUAUAGAGGAGAUGAUGAAACAUUCAUAGAAAAAAUCCUUUCUGAUUGUGAUGUAACCAGCAGUAACAAAAAUGUAAAAAAAAUAGGCAAUGCCAACCAACCUCAGCACAGAUAUAUAGCUGAAGGGAGAGGAAAUAAUGUCAGACUGGCACAGAGGGAUGGAAGGAUCGGGGUGACUGGCACAGAGAUGGCAGAAUCGGGGUGACUGGCACAGAGGGAUGGAAGAAUCUGAGUGACUGGCACAAAGAUGGAAGGAUCGGGGUGACUGGCACAGAGGGAUGGAAGGAUCGGGGUGACUGGCACAGAGGGAUGGAAGCAUCGGGGUGACUGGCACAGAAAGAUGGAAGGAUCGGGGUGACUGGCACAGAGAGAUGGAAGGAUUGGGGUGACUGGCACAAAGGGAUGGAAGGAUCGGGGUGACUGGCACAGAGGGAUGGAAGAAUCUGAGUGACUGGUACACAGAUGGAAGGAUCGGGGUGACUGGCACAGAGAGAUGGAAGGAUCGGGGUGACUGGCACAGAGGGAUGGAAGCAUCGGGGUGACUGGCACAGAAAGAUGGAAGGAUCAGGGUGACUGGUACAGAAGGAUGGAAGGAUCUGGGUUACUGGCACAGAGGUGGUUGGAUCAGGGUGACUGGCACAGAGGUGGUUGGAUAUAGGUGACUGGCACAGAGAUGGACUGGCACAGAGACGGUAGGAUCUAGGUGACUGGUACAGAAGGAUGGAAGGAUUGGGGAUGACUGGUACAGAGAUGGAAGGAUCUGGGUGACUGGCACAGAGGGUGUAGCGGAGUAGCAGUAUAAUCCACGGUAUCUCCGCUGGUAUUCAGGAUAAAGCAGGUAAAACACAGGCAGCGUAAUAAUAAUCCCUCUUCCCCAAGGACUAGACGACACAUAGUCUGGGAGUCAACUGGCAACUGUCAUUUUAUUCCACGGUCACAGUAUUUAUGCAAGACCCCAUGCAAGGGGUUUCCUGAGUGACAUUGCAGGGGUUUUAUUACAGAGGACUGUGUGAGGAACUUAGCCUGCAAGGCUGUUUCCCAGCAUGCCUUGCUGUACAGGAGAGAUAAUUGUGCAAGAAUGUACUGUUAAUCACAUUAUCUCUCCGUACAGCAAAAUAUACAGUUUUACAUAAAAAAAAUACAUAACUGAUAUAAUAUUCAGACGAAUGCUACACACUGCAUAUAAAACGAGCAUAGCAACAGUUAACAAAAUAUUCACCCUAAGUGUCCAGAAGUGGCUAGGUUUGCCACAGAGGGACGGAAGGAUUGGGGUGACUGGCACACAGAGAUGGAAGGAUCGGGGUGACUGGCACAGAGAUGGAAGGAUCUGGGUGAAUGGCGCAGAGGGACGGAAGGAUUGGGGUGACUGGCACACAGAGAUGGAAGGAUCGGGGUGACUGGCACAGAGAUGGAAGGAUCUGGGUGAAUGGCGCAGAGGGACGGAAGGAUUGGGGUGACUGGCACACAGAGAUGGAAGGAUCUGGGUGACUGGCACAGAGAUGGAAGAAUCUGGGUGAAUGGCGCAGAGGGACGGAAGGAUUGGGGUGACUGGCACACAGAGAUGGAAGGAUCGGGGUGACUGGCACAGAGAUGGAAGGAUCUGGGUGAAUGGCGCAGAGGGACGGAAGGAUUGGGGUGACUGGCACACAGAGAUGGAAGGAUCGGGGUGACUGGCACAGAGAUGGAAGGAUCUGGGUGAAUGGCGCAGAGGGACGGAAGGAUUGGGGUGACUGGCACACAGAGAUGGAAGGAUCUGGGUGACUGGCACAGAGAUGGAAGAAUCUGGGUGAAUGGCGCAGAGGGACGGAAGGAUUGGGGUGACUGGCACACAGAGAUGGAAGGAUCGGGGUGACUGGCACAGAGAUGGAAGGAUCUGGGUGAAUGGCGCAGAGGGACGGAAGGAUUGGGGUGACUGGCACAGAGGGAUGGAAGGAUCGGAGUGACUGGCACAGAGGGAUGGAAGGAUCGGAGUGACUGGCACAGAGGGAUGGAAGGAUCGGGGUGACUGGCACAGAGGGAUGGAAGGAUCAGGGUGACUGGCACAGAGGGAUGGAAUGAUUGGGGUGACUGGCACACAGAUAGUAGGAUCUGAGUGACUGGCACACCGAGAUGGAAGGAUCAGGGUGACUGGCACAGAGAUGGAAGGAUCUGGGUGAAUGGCACAAAGAUGAAAGGAUUGGGGUGACUGGCACAGAAGGAUGGAAGGAUUGGGGUGACUGGCACAGAGGGAUGGAUGGAUCUGGGUGACUGGCACAAAGAUGGAAGAAUCAGGGUGACUGGCACAGAGGGAUGGAAGGAUCUGGGUGACUGAUGCAGAAGGAUGGAAGGAUUGUGGUGACUGGCACAGAGGGAUAAAAGGAUUGAGGUGGCUGGCACAGAGGAAUGGGAGAGGUUCUUAUAACCCCUUGAACAGCCAGUGUGUGUAUGUGUGCAGAUAGUCACAGAAAUAUACCACUAUACAGAAAUAUACAAUUGUGAUAGACUAUAUGUGCAGGUAAGUGUUCCAUAUUAGUGUAAUUACAGGUUAAUAAGCAGGAUAAACAUUUCCUGUCUGACUUGCUGCAUACAGCGGGGACACCUGACUCUUGCUGUAUGCCAUGAUAUCCUUGUAUCACCACUCUCACUUCAUCCUUGAUGCCAAAUUAUAUCAUUACUGCAGCCAGCUUGCCAAGGUAAACGUGUACUGAAGCCCCUUUCCUGUGUUUGACGUCACUGGGUCACCUGGCUUCCACAUAGUCUUGGCACCGAUGACACAUUAGGGGCAGUGAUUGGCAUUAUUUCACCUUUCGAUGUGUAACAUCAAUGCAAGCAUGAAGGAGAGCUAGGCUUUCUGGGAUCAUGGGAUGAUAGUACAUUCAGUUGUGUUUUAAAAGUAUAAUAGGCAGCAAUCACCCUCAGGUGUUCUACAUGGAGCAUUACAGCCGAUUUAAUGCCAACGCAACGCUCCUUUGUUUGAUACCAUCAUCGCCACGGGCAGAUGCAGAGAAACAAGACCACCUCACAAAUUUCAGCACUUUACACCAAUAAUUAAAGAUUCACUUGUAGCAGAAUCAAUGUCUUUUGUUAGCGAACAAAGGACGAGUGAAUUCUCGCCAGCACUUCCCCUUAACGCGAAGCGGAUUUACGAUAUUCUUGACCUUGCUAAAAGUGUCGAGCACUUGGGACUGAUUGCAAGAAUCUCUCCGACUGCACGCUGAAUGGUAAUUUCUCUCAUCUCUUUACAAACUGCGCACUGCUGAUUGUGGAGCUCACGCGUCUCUGGCAGGCGGGGCACCGGCCCUUUAAAAACCCAGGCUGAACAGCCCUACGCAGACAUGUAAAUUUACUAAACUGUAACUUUUACAGACUGCUGCAUUGACCAUGAAAAAGUAAAAACUUAAUUUAUCAAAAGACGCCGGUUGUUCCAGUUUUGGAAAUGUUGGCUUAAAUUUUGCCACAAAGCCCUCCACAUGCCGUUUUCACAAUCAACUGCAGUCUUGGCACACAAUGCAUUGGGUACUGAUUAUUAUUAUUAAUAAAGCGCCAACAGAUUCCCCAGCGCUGUACAAAUGGGUGGACAGACACGUAGUUAAAACCAGACAAGAUGGACACACUGGAACAGAGGGGUUGAGGGCCGUGUUCGGUGAGGUUACAUGUUAGAGGGAGUGGGGUAUAGUGACACAGUAACAGAGAGAUUGAGGGCCCUGCUCAGUGAGUUUACAUGUUAGAGGGAGUGGGGUAUAGUGACACAGUAACAGAGAGAUUGAGGGCCCUGCUCAGUGAGUUUACAUGUUAGAGGGAGUGGGGUACAGUGACACAAAAGGUAAAGGUAGGGUAGAAAACUAUGGUUGCUAGAAUAGUGUUCACGGAGGGCUUGAGUGUGUAAAUACAGGUUUAGAAGAGAUAUUUGGUAAAUCUAGGAGAAUGGCGAUAUUUAGUUUUAUAAAUCCCCGGGAAGAGACAUUUCCUCCCACAAAUUUCAAUGAACUUUGCAUGAUGAUAGGCCAGACUGAAAUGUGUUAAAUGUAUUUUCCCUCAGAGUUUUAGGAAUUUCACUUGUGAUAUUACGACCUGUUAAAAAUGUCCUGGUUCCACGGGUGGGCACAGUAAGCAAGAAUUUUGUAAAAUCUAGAGGUUUAAUCACUAAGCGCUAAAUUGUCGUGAAUUGAAAACCAGAUUGUUAAAUUUAGUUCUCUGCAAUGAAAGUUUGGUUAUUUUGCCUAAAUCUUGCCAUUCGGUUAGAAGGUCCACGCAGGCUAAUCGUCGUCAAGCAAAGACCGCAUUAAGGGUUGUUACCUGGAAACCAGCUUGUGAGCAGCCAUUAUCUUCAGUGUUUUGCCCAGGUUUUCCGGUUAUCUUUUUAGUUCACUUACGGAAGCGAGAAUUGCUAGUUUUAGCCCAGAAUUGAAAUGGUGAGAUUCUCGGAUUGUGUGAUUUUUGGAGCUUUGUAACUGUGAUUUUCACAGCACGACUCGUGACAGAAUUGGCAGAAGGUGUUAUAUAACUGAGUAAUGGCAGCUAUAUCAUUGCAUAAAAAAGGGUUAAAUAACGAGGUUUGCAUUUUAAUCCUUGUCGUGUGACCUAUUUUUUCUUCUAUCUCCCCCAAUACUUAACCCAACAUGUCUUCCUUGCAUAUCCCACUGUGCUUAUUUCCCUGCUACAGACAAGCACACAUUAAUAUUAAAAUAGCUCCAUGCCUUGUUUCCAUUUUUUAAAACAGUUCCACAAUUUUCAAACUAAUAAUAAUAAUUCCAGAACUCGUGUCAGGAGAAAUCAACUACUCCCCUCUAAAGCAAUUCGUAUUUACCAUAGCUGAGAAAUAUCACUCCCUCCUCACCCCUAUCAUUUUCUCGUAGAUUAAGUGGCUGUUGUAACGCGUGAUCUUGAAUUAUAAAACGUAUUGGGAGUCCUGUUGGCUAGAUGCAUUAUUAUUAAUAACAGUAUUAGUGAUUUAUGUUCAAAGUCCAAAAUUCCUAUCAUGCACAUGCUAUCCUUGUUACGGAUUGGUACAUUAUUUUAUAUCUUUUUAAAAAUGUUUGUAACAUAUGUUUUUGUAUGUUUUAAGAAAGAACUUUAGUAACAGGCUUAAUGCUCUAUUAUGGAGUCUCAAUUUAUUUCCCUUAAAGGGACACUAUCAUCACCAUAACCGUAAUUUGGCUUUAUUGUAAAGCUUGUCGUCAUUUGUAUGAUGAUAGGUAACUGUCCCUCAUUAACUGCCUUAAAUAAUCCCCAUUCAUCUUCUGAGCUCAGCCUCCUCCUCCUAUCCAGUGACUUCACACAUAUGUGUACGUGUCUGUGUGUGUGUGUAUGUGUACCUGUGUGUGUGUGUCUGCCAAUGUGUGUUAAUCUGUGUGUGUAUGUGCCAGUUUGUGUAUCAAGGUGUGUGUAUAUAUGUGUGUCAGUAUAUCUGCCAGUGUGUGUGUUAAUGUGUGUAUCUGUGUGUGUAUCUAUGUGUCACACAGAUACACACACUGGCACAUACAAACACAGAUACACACACACACACACACAGUCUGUCAAGGUGUGUGUAUAUGUGUGCCACUAUGUGCCAGUGCGUGUGUAUCUGUGUGUCAGAUACAUACACACACAGAUACACACACUGGCACACACAUACACACACACGUUGACACACACCGGGACAUACAAACACAGAUACACACACUUUGACACAAAGAUACAUACACACACACACACUGUGUGUCAAGGUGUGUGUAUCUGUGUGCCACUAUGUGCCAGUGUGUGUGUGUAUCUGUGUGUCAGAUACAUACACACAAACACAGAUACACACACCUUGACACACAGAUACACACAGUUAAACACACCUUGACACACAGAUACAUACAUACACACACAGAUACACACUGUGAGUCAAGGUGUGGGUAUCUGUGUGCCACUAUAUGCCAGUGUGUGUGUAUCUGUGUGUCAGAUACAUAUACACACAGAUACACACACCAGCACAUACAAAUACAGAUACACACCUUAAUACAAAGACACACACCAGCACAUACAAAAAAAAAAAAGGUUUAUGUAACGGCACAAAAUAGGUUUUUGUUUUUUGAGGUGGGGGGAGGUUCCGCGAUGUUGAUACACUAUGUUAAAGUAUCAAAGGGUUCCACGGGAAAAAAUAAUUGGGAACCCCUGCUCUAGUGGCUGAAUGAGUGAGUGACCGCCAUUAGAGGCAUUUAAUCGUUGUGUGGGCAUGUCACCCAGACCACUUCAUUGAGAUAACCCUAAUCCUAAUCCAUGACCUAUUAUGUUCACCAGUUUUAGAAACAUAGAAACAUAGAAUGUGACGGCAGAUAAGAACCAUUUGGCCCAUCUAGUCUGCCCAACACAUACAUUUUUCACAUAAAUAGGUUAACUUGAAAGAAAGUUGAAAUUUAACAGGUAAUGUAAAAAAUAAAUAAAUAACAGGUCGAAGAGAACAAUGAACUAUUAAAGAAUUUAACAACCCUAUUCCCAAAUCCCUGACAAAAAAAAAUUGGUUCUAAAAGAGUUGCCCUCAUGGCCUCCACGACAAUGGCUUAUCUCUGAUUGCUUUUGGAUAAUCAACAUUUUACAGGUCAAUGUCCUCACCCAAAUCUACCACAUUAAUAAAUUAUUCACCAUCCUCCCAUCUGUAAAACAUAAUCACCCCAGUGUGUUCGUUUCUGGACCUUUUUCCUUAAUACAGUACAAGUAAUUUUGCUCCAGAAUACGUUUACUUUAUGCAGCCCACAUCUGUAAUUGUCUCCUCAUUUUUAGGAUAAAUUAUUCCGAGGCGAAAGGAUGAUGCUGGCUUGUUAGUAUGCAUGAUCACUCUGUGUGAAAUCAAUACCCCACAUCUCAUUAUUAAGACUUCAGUAGGUCCGGAUUAAUUGGGGUUAGAGGGCCAGAGCCAAGUAAUGGUAAAUGAACGGAGCAUUUGUUGCAUUUUACGUAAUGAGAAAGACGUUAUGGAUAUAAUCGCGGAAAGAUUGCUUAAUCGAGUAUAGAGUCUGCAUCAGUCAUUGUGGUAAAGAAAAAAAUACAAAAGCAAAGACUCAACGAUUUAAGGAGGCGAAACGCAAAAGGUUUAUCUGUGCAGCCGGUAGCGAACAAACGCGUUUCUGCCAAUGUUCUGUUAAUAUCGGUUUAUUUAGUCAGAAUUCUGCCUGGUUUUAUGGUGUUAAACACAGUGACCUUCCUGGUUCUGCUAUUUAAUAGUAGUUAAGUGUUCUUGCAUAGCAAGACCACUUAAUGUUAUCUCACAUAUAUAUUAUUAUUAUUAAGUGUUCUUGCAUAGCAAGACCACUUAUUGUUAUCUCACAUAUAUAUUAUUAUUAUUAUUAUUAUUAUAGCAAAAUUUGCCACUAACUCCUCCCACAGUUUUUACACUACGCAGACAAGAAUUUACCAAAAGCGUGCAGAUUGUUCGAUCGGUUGCUAUUACUUUGUGGAACGUUUAUUUAAUGGUUCACGGAAUAAACUCUAAAUGGUUCUUGUGGUAUUAUGGAAUAGAUAAACUUAAAAGCUAGAGUGGGAGCUGGCAAAACUGAAAAUCAGGACCUUGUUCCUAAACUGCCACCACUCCUAUGGUACCAAGGCCCACCUAAAAUGUAGGUCUGGGUCUUGUGAUUCUCACAAUAUAGAAAUGCCCUGCUGUAGGAGUUAUAGUUUUUAAGAUACGACCGUUUGAAGAUGGCAACCACCAAAAUACUCUGACCUGUGUCAAGCUGCAGCAGCAAGUGAUGUCAUAGACAGGGCCUUUUGAACACCUGCUAAUGUUUUUAUAAAUGUAUGGUUUAAUGUAACUGUGCAACAACGUUGCAAUUAAAUGUGCUAUAUAAAUGAUAACAGUUACUCCGCCCACUCCAGUUGUAGACUACUGGUGGAGGCAAGAACACUUCACACAAUUUCCCCAGAAAUUGUAGCUUUUCUAGUUAUUAUUAUUAUUCUUAUUAUAGCAAAAUUUGCCACCCUAACUCCUCCCACAGUUUUUACACUACAUAGACAGAAAUUUACCAAAACGUGCAGAUUGUUCCCGAUCGGAUUGCUAUUACUUUGUGGAACGUUUCGCCGAAUGGUUCACGGAAUAUCGUCGUUCUUGUGGCGAAAUUUGUCCCAUAGGAAUGAAUGGCAAAGCUAGAGUGGGAGCUGGCAAAAGCUGAAAAAUCAGGACAUGAUUUCUAAACUGCCACCACUCCCUUAUUUUCAGGCCCACCUACACAAAUCUUAUAUCAAAACGUUCAGCUAUCCCUGCUGCCACUAAACAUGUCAACGGCUAAGCCGUAGUCCUGAUAGUUUUCACAAUAUAAUCAUUUGUUUGCAACUAACGCCGUCCAUUGACUUUCAUUGAAACUUCACUCUGCAAAGCUCAAAUUUGAAGUGCAAUUUCUAAACUGCGACUGUGCCUUCAAUUUUUAAUACUUCAGAGACAUACUAUGCAUCAAAAUGUAGGUCUGGGUCUUGUGAUUCUCACAAUAUAAAGCUCUUCACUGUAGGAGUUAUAGUUUUUAAGAUACGACCGUUUGAAGAUGGCAACCGCCAAAAUACUCUGACCUGUGUCAAGCUGCAGCAGCAAGUGAUGUCAUAGACAGGGCCUUUUGAACACCUGCUAAUGUUUUUAUAAAUGUAUGGUUUAAUGUAACUGUGCAACAAUGUUGCAAUUAAAUGUGCUAUGUAAAUGAUAACAGUUACUCCGCCCACUCCAGUUGUAGACUACAGGUGGAGGCAAGAACACUUCACACAAUUUCCCCAGAAAUUGUAACUUUUCUAGUUAGUAAUAGUCAUCCCAAUAAAUCCUACUGAAGUUACUGCCUUUGAUGCCUGAAUCUGAACGUUAGCCGUGUGUUUCCAUGAUUGCCUAUGCAUAGCUUGCAAAUUAGCGCGUUUUGUUGUGAGCCGUGCUUGCGAGUUAAGGUCAAUGCAGGCUGAGCUCAUAAAACACAACAAGCAGCCUACAGCAAAUUGCAGACAAUUUGGAACUUGAGGGAUUCAAGUCUUUUGUUUUCAUCACUUUAUUCUGUCUGAAAAAAAAAAAAAAAAAAUCGGCAAAAUACAAGCAUUCAGAGCUAGGGUGAGCUAGGCAAUUUCAAAUAAAAUAAAAACAAUCAUAGUGAUUCAGUGCAUAUAGAGUGAUCAAACAGAAACAGAAAAUGGAGGCUGAGACAUAGCCCAAGGUAGAGAUAUUUAGUAAAUUAUAAUAUGAUCUUAAAGGGACACUAUAGACACCGAAACAACUUUAGUUUAAUGAAGCAGUUUGUGUGUAUAGAUCAUGCCCUUGCAGUCGCACUGUUCAAUUCCUUGACAUUUAGGAGUUAAAUCACUUUGUUUAUGCAGCCCUAGCCACACCUCCCUGCAUGUUACUUACACAGCGUUCCUAAACACUUCCUGUAAAGAAAGGUCUAAUGUUUUACCCUCCCUUUAUUGCAAAUUCUGUUUUGUCAGUCACAGCCAGUUGAGGUGUGGCUAGAGCUGCAUGUACCGUAACAAAGGGAUUUAGAAUUGAGCAGUGAUACUGCAGGGGCAUGAUCUAUACAUAGGUUUACCAUAAUUUUUAGAGUAGAAAUUGGCACCAAUUGGAGUGUCACCAGGCACUGCACUGGGUGGAGUGUAACAUCCUCAUUGUGGAAACAGAUACACACACAUACUGGCACAGGUACACAUAUCCCCCGACACACACAGAUAAACACACACAUACGCAGGUACACACAUAACUACACAGAUACACAUACACACUUACACACACACACACAUAGAUACUGACAGAUACACACAAAUAUACAAAGUGAUUAUUGCCAUACCUCUAGCCACCAUCCUGUUACCAUACCAUUUGGGUGCAGGAGGGUGGCUUCCUUAAGGUCUAGUAGGCCCUGCAGUCUGAGGGUGAUGGGAGUCUGGGGUUGGUGGGAGCCUGCUUCUUCCUCUGUGUAUUUCCUCUCUCUCUCCGACUCCUCUCUGCAGCCAUUCUUCCCUGCGCGGCUUUCUCUGGUAGUUGGGAGGAAGUGAUCUGCAUUCACUUCCUCCCAGCAGCAUCUGACCAGAGCCCAGUCACGCUGUCAAUGACUCCCGAUGGGCCCCAGCAGAGCCGACCUUAGGCCUUUAAGUGAAAAAUCUUCAAGUGCCCCCUCCCCCCGUCAUCCAUGUAUGAUGUAAUGUUUGUGUUGUCUGUGUAUGUGAUAGUAGGUGUGAUGACUGUGAGUGAUAUGUAUGCUGUGUGUUGGCUGUGUGUGAUAUUUGUAUUGGGUGUAUUAACAGUGUGUGAUAUGCGUGUAUUGGUUGUAUUUGAUAUUUGUGCUGGGUUUAUUGGCUGUGUGUGAUGGUUAUUUAAUAAAGAUAAAAACAUGCAUUUAAGCCUGUGUGUGAUUGCAGGUGUAUAUUUUUGCAGAGUUAUGUGCACACAGUCAGAUGCACACAGUUAUACAUAUACACUGUCAAAUCCACCACAUGCACACAGUCACAGGCAGAAACACACAGGUACAGGCAGAAACACACAUACACAGUUACAGGUAGAUAAACACACUCACACACAAUUACAGGCAGACAGCCACACACACACACACACACACACAGGCAGGCAGCCACACAUAGUUUUACACACACACACACACACACACACUUACAUACAGACAGCCACACACACACAGACAGACAGCCACACACACACACACACACAGAGUCAGAUGGCCAUACACACACAGGAAAACAUCCACACACAGAGGCAGGCAGUCACACACACAGGCAGACAGCCAAACAAACACACACCGGCAGUCACGCACACACACACACACAGGCAGAGAGUCACACACACAGACACACACAGGCAGACAGUCAUACACACACAGUCAUACACACACACACAGACAGUCAUACACACACACACACACAGACAGUCAUACACACACAGGCAGUCACACACACAUAGGCAGACAGUCACACACACACACACACACAGGCAGUCAUACACACAGGCAGACAUUCAUACACACAGACACACAGGCAGACAGUCAGACACAGACACACAGGCAGACAGUCAUACACACAGACACAGACACACAGGCAGUCAUACACACACAGGCAGACAGUCACACACACACACAGACAGUCACACUCACACUGAUAAUCACACAGUUACCUGUGGAGUUCAUUGUGGAGGUAGUGCAGCUCCUGGAUACUGUUUGGUGGGGAAGCAGGGACUCCUUUCUGCUUCCCCUGCAGCAGUUACCUGGCGCUUUUAGCUCCGCCCCGUCGCAGAAAGCUCCGCCCACCGCACAGUAAGCUCCACCCCGCCGCAAAUAUAUAUAUUUUUUUAAAUCCCGGCCAUGUGUGAGCUGUGUCGGCCACAGGGCGCCCCCAGAAGGGUGCGGGCCCCAGUGCAGCUCCGCUGGCGGAGACAGAACUACCAACCGCUGGACGCCAGGACAGCGAUUCUAAACAGGGACAAUACCAGUCAAACUGGGUCCGCUGCUAACCCUAUACACCCAAACUGCUUCAUUAUGCUUACGUUGUUAUAAUGCCUUGGUCUAAUAACUCAAACUGAAAGUCAUAAUGAUAUAGGAAGAAUCAUAACAGGAACAGCUUAAGACAGUUGAAAUGAUGAACACAUUCUAUGUUUAUAUCGUUCCCACAAACAGAAGACAACAAGCAGAACAUAAGUUCCUCAAGUCAGCUCUAUCGAAUAAUAGUAACCAAAUUAGGGUUUGUAAUAUAAUAUAAUAUUAUGUGGGGUGCUAUACACUCAUCAAUAUCAACCCAUAAGGUCAAUGACCCAACAGGGUGGCAGUACCACAGCUAGUGAAGAUGCUUUAUAACAAAUGCAGGUAUCUGGAGGCACUGGCGUACACACGAUCCAUGGUGCCCCGGUGCGAAAAAACUGAUCCGUGGGCACCUGGCUGCAGUGGUCCGCAGGGUGGCCAGGGGCCCCCUGGAGUGACGGGCCCGGUCGCAGCUGCGACCCCUGUAUGUAUGCCACUGUCUGGAGGCUAGUCUGUGAAAAAUGUCUCAGUCUGGGGCUGCAGUUGUGGGUUUUAUGUGCCCAGAUACAUUAUGUGCACAGUUAUUGAAUUGUAGUGAAAGACUUGGUGGAUGCUAUUCAUUGUGAACUCAUUUUGAAUUCUUAACAAUUCACACUUUAGUAAAUAGCUCGGAUUCCCUUAUAUAUUCCAUAAGUUGAAUCAGAGAAAGUGCUGUGAACCAGCAUCCCCCAUUAACCACAUCCAGUUAUCCCCUAAUUCCAAUAUGUAACUCUAUAAGACACUAGACCGGUGCUUUAUGCUUUAUGUUUUAGGCAUUAUACGUUAUUGGUGAUUUAUGUUUCAUAUGUUAAAGGACCACUAUAGGCACCCAGACUACUUCAGCUUAAUGAAGUGGUCUGGGUGCCAGGUCCAUCUAGGAUUAACCCUGCUUGCUGUAAACAUAGCAGUUUCAGAAAAACUGCUAUGUUUACAAAUGGGUUAAUCCAGCCUCUAGUGCCUGUCUCAUUGACAGCCGCUAGAGGCACUUCCACACUUCUCACUGUGAUUUUCACAGUGAGAAGACGCCAGCGUCCAUAGGAAAGCAUUGAGAAUGCUUUCCUAUAGACUGGCUGAAUGUGCGCGCGGCUCUUGCCGCGCAUGCGCAUUCAGCCGAUGACGACCGAAGGAGGAGGAGAGUCCCCAGCGCCGAGGGAGCCUGGCGCUGGAGAAAGGUGAGUGUUUAACCCUCUUUCUCCCCCUUCAGCCCGGCAGGAGUGGGACCCGAGGGGGGGGGGGGCACCCACAGGGCACUAUAGUGCCAGGAAAACAAGUUUGUUUUCCUGGCACUAUAGUGGUCCUUUAAAUGUUUUAUAUAUUAUCUGUUUUGUAUGAUGUAUUUGUUGUAUUUAUUUUCCACUUUUGAAAAAUGAAUAAAAUAAAAUUUAAAAAAACAAAACAAACUCUAUAAGACAUGAGUGACAUCAUAUGGGUGAGAAAAACCCAGAGGGCGUGGUCAAUAGAGAAACAGAGCGGACAUCUUGUUGUGGGGCAUCAGAAGACACAAUGAGGCGCAAGAAUAAGAGACACCAGCACCCAGAAACUCCCCGUCUGCAAGACAUCAGGCUAUCCUUUGAGAGGCCGGCACCGCGGAUGCCUCCAAAGAUGGCGCCCGAGGCCCAAAGUGAAUCAGAGGUGUCGGAUGAGCCACGAUCUGGAGGUGUCUACCAAGCAUCCUACUCGAACGAGGAUUCAACCCGAUCCAAGAAGGGAGACAUCAAAAACUCCUCACACACCUAUGGCAGGUCUGGAAGUCGGAUCUACAGGAAGUUCAGACUGAGAUGGGGGUUGUCCACCACAAAUGUGAGCGGUGGAAGAGCGGGAGGCUGCCAUAGACGGACAACUGCGGGCUGCCAAUUCUCAAAUUGAAGCCCUUUGCUUGCAAGUAAAGCAGUAAACACGCUGGGAACGGCGCAUUGCCGUAACACGAGAUGUAGCAGUGAGGAAUGCUAUACUAAACUACUCCAGAACUCAGGGAUCUAUAUCCUUUGAUGGCUGCACAGUGAAUGUAUACGGCGACAUCCCCUUCCCUGUUCUGGUGAAAAGAAGGAAAUUGGCACCAGUAACUAAAAGACUCAGAGACUGUUCCAUUAAAUACAGAUGCGGAUUGGAAGGGUCUCUUUUGGCCAAACAUGAAGAACCUUGAUGUCGGCGGAUGACCCGGAGGCAUUCCUCAGGGAUGUGGGUCUGCAGACUGCAUUACAACCAGAGCCUACUACCAAGCUACAGCAAAGUGGUGGGUUGAGGAACUACACAAUGCGCCUCCCGAGACUGUCUGGGGGAGAACCCUCCUAGUGAUAAUCCCCAACCGAAGUUCCAGUCCAUAAUUAAAGCCUUCUGCCAUACAGAACACCUGGACCUUAGUUGUUUCCCAGUUACCUUGUAAUUAGGUUGAUAUCCUGGUCCAUAGAUAUUUUUUUUGGAGGCAUCACACUAGCUUGCAGCAUGCUAGAUUGCACCAUAGAUAUUCAAUGUUCAAUGCUACAUACGAGCAGCAGCAUACCUUCAGUGCCAGUAGACAGAUGAUAAGUGCCAUGUUUUGUUGUACCAAUCACAAACCACGUAUUAUAUGUUAAAGGGACACUAUAGUCACCCAGACCACUUCAGCUCAAUGAAGUGGUCUAGGUGCCAGGUCCCUCAGGUUUUAACCCUUCAGAUGCAAACAAAGCCAUUUCAGAGAAACUGCUAUGUUUACAUUUGGGGUUAAUCCAGCCUCUAGUGGCUGUCCGGACUGAGUGUGCACUUCCUGUUAGUCCGGCCAGGUACAGGAAACAAAAGCUCCCUGUACCCGCGAACCAUACCAUAGAGGGCUCGGCCACGCUACAGGGAGGUAGGGGGAGAAAUUGACGUGGGGGGGAGAAAUUGAAUGGACAGGGGAGGGGGAGAAAUGGACAGGUGGGGGAAAUGGACAGGAGGGAAUGGACAGGGUGGGGGAAUGGACAGGGAAGGGGAAAUGGACAGGUGGGGGAAAUUGACAGGGGGGGGUAAAUUGACAGGGAGGGGGUGACAGGGGUUGACAGGGGAGGGGUGGGAAAUUGACAGGGGAGGGGUGGGUGACAGGAGGGUGAAUGACAGGGAGGGGGAAUUGACAGAGAGGGGGGAGAAGAGAGGGACAAGGGGGGAGAAGAGAGGGACAAGGGAGGGAGAGGGGGGAGAAGAGAUUGACAUCCAUCACACACACACACACAAUGCACCCCUUACACACAAAGACAAUGCACCCCUUGCACACAGAAAAACACACAAUGCAUUACAAGGAUACCCUUACACACAAUGCAUCCCUUUCACACACAGAAACACACAAUGCAUUCCUUACACACACCCCUUACAGAUGCACACACUCAAUGCAUCCCGUACAUACACAGAAACACACCUUGCAGCCCUUACACAUACAAACACAGAUUCAAAAAAAAUAAAUAAAGGGCCUUAAAAAAAAUGUAGCUGCUUCCCGUUCUCCUAGUAUAUUGAUUUUUGUGACCACAGUUACAAACAGCCUCCAGGGAGCCUGUUCUACACCAGACCAGUGGAGCCAGACUGCAGCUUGAGCCCAUCCUCAUCCUCAUCUGGUUGUAAGUAGGCAAUCUAGUAUAUUAUUCGUGGCACUAAUCUCUAGUCCCCAGAACCACUUCAGCUUAAUGUAGUGGUUCUGGUGUCUAUAGCCUGUCCCUGCAGGCCUUUUAAUGUAAACACGGCGGCACUGCAGCACUGGCGUUAGUUAACAUGGCAGAUCAUAUGGCUGGGGCAUUGUGAUGUCACAUGGGGGGCGGCAAACUUUACUUUUGCCUAGGGCGGCAAAAAUCCUUGCACCGGCCCUGACUAUAGUGAUCCUUUAACUACCAUUGUACACUUCAAUGCUCUUAUAUAUUGAUUUAGUUAUGUACAGCGUAUAAGAACUCAAUAUUUCUUUUUAAAUGACCUCCUGGGAAAUGCGUGGCUGUAGAUUUGGUAUUUAUCAUUACUCAUAUCCCAUGUCUUCUACAGAUCCUCUCUUGUACCAUCUCAGACCUGAUGCUUUGUGGGAUGGGGGCAUGCAGUAGAAAAGCACUCACACUCCUCAGCAGCGUAUUCGCAGUGUGUGGCCUGGGGCUACUGGGAAUUGCAGUCAGCACGGACUACUGGCUCUACCUAGAAGAAGGUAUAAUUCUCCCCCAAAACCAGACCACAGAGAUCCAGAUGUCCCUGCACUCAGGACUGUGGAGAGUCUGCUUCCUAGCAGGUACCGGACUAAGCAAAUCAUUACAUUAUUCAUUUGUGAAUUUGUUAUUCAGGUCUGUCCAACAAUUGUAUCAGGGGAAAAUGGCAACAAAUUAUAAUUAUUGUUCAAAAUGCAUUAGAAAAUUGCACAUUAGAUAUUGGUUGGUAGCUUAUAUUUGAUUACAGUAGAGGAUUCUGGGUAAUGGUGAACAAACCAUGCCUGGUAUCUUAUAUUUGAUUACAGCAGAGGAUUCUGGCUAAUGGUGAACAAACCAUGCCUGGUAUCUUAUAUUGUGUUACAACAGAGGAUUCUGGGUAAUGGUGAACAAACCAUGCCUGGUAUCUUAUAUUGUGAUUACAGCAGAGGAUUCUGGGUAAUGGUGAACAAACCAUGCCUGGUAUCUUAUAUUGUGAUUACAGCAGAGGAUUCUGGGUAAUGGUGAACAAACCAUGCCUGGUAUCUUAUAUUGUGAUUACAGCAGAGGAUUCUGGGUAAUGGUGAACAAACCAUGCCUGGUAUCUUAUAUUGUGUUACAACAGAGGAUUCUGGGUAAUGGUGAACAAACCAUGCCUGGUAUCUUAUAUUGUGAUUACAGCAGAGGAUUCUGGGUAAUGGUGAACAAACCAUGCCUGGUAUCUUAUAUUGUGAUUACAGCAGAGGACUCUGGGUAAUGGGACACAUAGCAUGACUGGUAUCUUAUAUUGUUAUUACAGCAGAGGAUUCUGGGUAAUGGUGAACAAACCAUGACUGGUAUCUUAUAUUGUGAUUACAACAGAGGAUUCUGGGUAAUGGCACACAAAGAGUUCCUGGUAGCUUAUCAUGUGAUUACAGCAGAGGACUCUGGGUAGUGGCAUCCAAAGCGUUCCUGGUAGCUUAUCAUGUGAUUACAGCAGAGGACUCUGGGUAAUGGCACACAAAGCGUUCCUGGUAGCUUAUCAUGUGAUUACAGCAGAGGACUCUGGGUAAUGGCACACAAAGCGUUCCUGGCAUCUUAUCAUGUGAUUACAGCAGAGGACUCUGGGUAAUGGCACACAAAGCGUUCCUGGCAGCUUAUCAUGUGAUUACAGGAGAGGACUCUGGGUAAUGGCAUUCAAAGCGUUUCUGGUAGCUUAUCAUGUGAUUACAGCAGAGGACCACACAAAGCGUUCCUGGUAGCUUAUCAUGUGAUUACAGCAGAGGACUCUGGGUAAUGGCACGCAAAGCGUUCCUGGUAGCUUAUCAUGUGAUUACAGCAGAGGACUCUGGGUAAUGACACACAAAGCGUUCCUGGUAGCUUAUCAUGUGAUUACAGCAGAGGAUUCUGGGUAAUGGCACACAAAGCGUUCCUGGUAGCUUAUCAUGUGAUUACAGGAGAGGACUCUGGGUAAUGGCAUUCAAAUCGUUUCUGGUAGCUUAUCAUGUGAUUACAGCAGAGGACCACAUAAAGCGUUCCUGGUAGCUUAUCAUGUGAUUACAGCAGAGGACUCUGGGUAAUGGCAUCCAAAGCGUUCCUGGUGGCUUAUCAUGUUUUAAGGGUAAAAUAACAUAGGCCAUCAGCCAUCUACAGCAGAGAGCUCUGGGUAAUGGGUAACAAAGCAUAAAGGACUCUGGGUAAUGGAUAACAAAGCGUUACUGCUCCAUAGUACAUGCUCCAUGCACCAUGAAAAUCUGACAUUGUCUUGACUCGUCACAUUUUCUUUUCUCUACCUCCAAGUCAAAUUACUGCGUAAAAGCAGUUUUAAAAUGACUAAAAGAUAACUUUAGCAGAGAGAGCAAGAGAGAUGUUAUUUGGCCAUUAUGUGCCCUUCCUGACCCGCUUUCACUGAUAUUUUUAGUGCCUCAUAAAACACCUCUCAUUAUUUAUAAAGCUCUGACAGCUUAUGCACUGCCACUGAAUUCCAAGGGGAACCUCUGUUUGAACCACUCAUGAGAGGUCUGUCUACAAAGACGCCGUACUCUUGGGGACCCACAGACAUGAUGGCCUCCAUAUUGUAAAUCUAACAUGGCAGGGGGUCUGCAGCCAGUUAAAGUGAUUAUUGCAAGUGAGGUCAAUACAGGAAGUGGUUUACUGGUUAUAAGCAAUAUAUUCAACAAUACGUUGUUUUGUGUGGUGGGGUAUAUUAUUGCAUAGCUUUAUUUCAGCCUCUCUGCGCUAUAUUAGUUAAUAUUUAUUACAGGUAUCUCUUAAAUCAAGAUCUACACAAGAUUUUCAGAGCCAAUAUACAUGACACAAGAAUGUUAAAGGGUGUUACAAAUGCCAAUAAAGGAUGUGCCAUUGAUGCUACCAAGGGGAUGCUGCUGGCAAUGGGCAUCAUGCCCAUCUGGCAUGCUGCACUAACAUCCAUUUGCCAACAAUUUGCACGUGCCUAGAGUUCUUCCAUAGCAAGCGAGGUCAAGGAUACACUAUGCCUACUUGGGAGAUUGCUAAGAAACAGGGCACCAGAGAAGCAUCACGGGAGAGUAAGACAUGGGCCCCAGAUCAGGACUGACCAACAGGAUCCAGGACACUUGUCAUGUAUCAAUCAACAUGUUAUUGUUAACAAUUAAUGGAAAUAUAUAUAAGAGAAUGGUAUGUCAAAACAUUAACGACAGGCACACUUUUCUAAAAUCGCUUAAGAACAGGUAGGUGAUAUUUAAAAAGUAGUAUAAAAGAUGUAAUGAAAAGAAUUUGAUGAACCGUGAGACUUUUUGAAACUAAAGGUCAUUUGUGUGGUCCAGUGACAGAGCUGUCUCUAACUGCAGGGGAGGAACAAGGCCGCUGCUUCACCAUAGAAUAUGUGAUGCCCAUGAACAUGCAGAUGACAUCUGAAUCGACGAUCAGCGUAUUAAGUGAGUAAAAGGCACCGGUGAAUAUAUUGAUUGAUUUAAUGGGGAGUACUGGAUUUUAAACCUGUCAUUUGAUAUCACGAGGGAGAAGAUUUUUUUAUAGUUUCAUAGUUUCCUUGUAUUCUUUUGUAAUGCAGGUAUGUAAGAAAAGACCUAAUUCACGUACAUCUCCUGGCCUACACUUGCUCUGUCAGGGUGGACAUCUUGUCCUCUUGUUAGAAGCUCUGAUUUUCUAAACAAAAACCAUGCGGGUAACCAAGAGCUUGUUUAUGAAAACCCUGUCUCCAUGUGCAAGCAACACGUCUGUAAAACACGCACAGUGAUGCUUCCAGCCAUUCUAAUUUUAGUGAUCUUCGGACAAGCAGUCCGUCCAUCCAGGGAGGACAUUAACAUGGCCGUCACCACAAAGGAAGGGUAAUCCAGGAAGUCUAUUGCAUAGAGACAUUUGCGCAUAAAUUUGUACAGACACAGAUAUACAUACGCAAAAAAAUACACAAACAGGCUGAUGUGACAUCAUCCGCGCAUUGUAUUCUGUAACACAGGGUAACAUCUUGUAGUAGGUAGCUUGUUGCAGUAUAACAGUUUAUUUUUUUAAUAAUUUGAUCUCUUCUGUUUAGAAAUGAUUCGCUCUGCGACUCCGUUUCCCCUGGUCAGCCUUUUCUUCAUGUUUAUUGGGUUUAUCCUUAACAACGUCGGCCACAUUCGCCCCCAUCGGACUAUUCUGGCCUUUGUGUCAGGGAUUUUCUUUAUUCUCUCUGGUUUGUACUCUUCUAACUAUAUUUAGAUUUUACUAGACACUUCUGAAUGGGCCGGAUGCCUGUUCCAAGCUUUUCAGUUUGCAAGAUGUCCAUUUAGUACUAUGCGCACGUCGGAAAAACAUGUAUUUCAAGUGCGGCACUUCAGUAAGAAUUCCAUUUAAACGAAUUUAGAUUAUUUGAUGCAGAAAAAUACAGAGUUUUAAUGGAAUCAGUGAAGUGAGGAAAUUGCCUUCUGCUUGAGGCUGCUUGACCCAUGAUGCCUCUCUGGCUUGCUGUAUCUCGCCCUACCAUCGCUGUAACCUCACUAAUCCACUGGCCACGUAUGUACACUGUCCAUUGUAGGUCUUGCUAACAGUGGAUGGCACAGGACACAGAUGGAUUUGCCAAUAACAGCAAAUAGACUUGGCUUUUCUUUAUCUGUAAAUCUACAUUUAAAUGUAAAUCUGAGACCUGACAGAGACUGUUUACAAGUGUGAAUGUACCAUGCUGUACGCAUAAAUAAAGAAAGAUAAUGCAGCCUCUUGCCAUUACUGAAUUAUAUAUUAAUAGUCCUUCAAUGGCUGGGCUUAGUGAUGUGAAUACAAGUGAAUUUCUGUAAUGGAAUAUUUUCUAGUUUAACCUAGAUACGUAGGAUGGGAGAGAAAACAUUAACAGGAUAUCUCUGUUAUCUCAAAAUAAUUACAAUCCAGAUAUGUAAAAGGACACUGCAGGCUUGAGUUGGAGUGGAUUCUCGUUAUGACAGUUCUGAAAGUUCCAAAAUAGGCUUCCAAAAACUCUGACCCUCCAGAUGUUGCUGAACUACAACUCCCAUGAUUCUCAGCCUAUUUCAUUCAUAGGAGUUGUAGUUCAGCAACAUCUGGAGGGGCGGAGUUUGGGGAAGCCGGUUCUAAAACAUCUGGGAAUUUACGUUUUCAGCACCCCUGUCCAUUAGCCUUGACGAUCAUGGAUUUAAAUCGAUGACAGAGUCUCUUAGUGGAGGUAGACACUUACUCAGCAUGUAAAUGACCUCUGUACAAGUACUUGUACUGACAGAGGGAAGCAUAACUUCCUCCUGUGAUGACUUUGAGAGAGGAAUAAGGCUUAUAGUUGGAAGGGCUAAGGACUUCCAAGCACAAUUGAUCCUUUGAGUGUCCUUUUAAAUAGGGCGCUCUUCAUAUCAGUUAAUAUUGCAGGAUUUGGCCACUAUCAACGACGUGCAUCAAAUAAUUUGCCGUUCGCUGGUACCUUGGCGCUAAAUGUUAUGUUUCAGGUGACUCCAUUGCUGUUGGUUUGGGGCUUUGUCAUAGUGUAGUACACAAAUAUUGGAUUUUUAUUUUUUUGCAGGUUUAUCCUUGGUCGUGGGUCUUGUCCUCUACAUAUCGAGCAUUAAUGAUGAGAUUUUAAACAGGACCAAAGACUCUGAGACCUAUUUCAGCUACAAGUAUGGAUGGUCCUUCGCCUUUGCAGCCAUAUCAUUCCUUCUGACAGAGGUAAUUUGGCCUUUAUGCCCCCAAUGUCAUCAUGUCACAGACAUUGCAUACCGUGUGGAACCAGCCAUACAGUCUACUGGCUAUAAAGAUUUCAAUAACAAAUUUCAGAGGAAGCUACAGCGCAACACACAUAGGUAGACAUAUGUUUAGCUCCCCACUACUCCAAAAUGCCCUAAUAUACACAAAAAGAAAAUAAAGAGAGCACCCAUUGGUCAGGUUUUCCAAGUGUUGUGAUGCUUUACUGAAACACCUAAUACCGCAAAGGCGGUUUAUUUUUAUUAAGGUGUAUGCAAGCAACGUUUCAGCUGCCAAAUCCCGCUGGUGUCCGGUCAGAUUCUCAAUCAAGUGGCCAGCUGGUCUCCAUUGCAUUGGGAAAUCAGUGCCACUACAGUAAAUAAUUUUUUAGCAGACGCCGAUGGCCAAUUAAUAUAGUACAUCCAUUGCAACCAAUAGGGACCACAUUUUUGGGUUCUUAGCCAGGGUUAAUAUUCAACAUCAGCUUAUUGAAUGUGCCAACAAAAAUGACAUCCAAUUGGUGACUCCAUUUAACCAGUUUUCCUCUUCCUACAGAGCGCAGGUGUUAUGUCGGUCUACCUGUUCAUGAAACGAUACACAGCAGAAGAUGCCUAUAGGCCCCAUCCAGGCUUCUAUCGUCCACGUCUCAGUAACUGCUCUGACUAUUCAGGCCAGUUUCUGCACCCUGAGGCUUGGGUUCGUGGACGCAGUCCAUCGGAUAUUUCCAGCGAAGCUUCUCUACAGAUGAAUUCCAACUACCCAGCCUUGCUCAAGUGCCCCGAUUACGACCACAUGUCUUCGUCACCCUGCUGAUAACAUGGCAUACAUUGCCGCCUGACAUUGUAUCAGUAAUCUGAAAGACACUCGCGCAGAUCUUCCCCGUCCUCUCCUUCAGCGUAACCGUAUAUCUGAUAAACACCUAUUAUCAGCUAAUAGGAGUCACAAGCUCAUUGAAUUGUGCCACGGUAGAUUAGUGAAAAUGUGGUCUAUUAGUUGUGGUUAACGCAAUAUGGGAACAUGUUGUGCGUUUUACAAAUCAGUUAUUGCCAUUUAUAUCACACAGUCCUUGUGGUGGCUAGAGGCAGAUUCAUGAUAUGCCUUUUACAAAAUAACUCCAGAAAGGGAUGGGGAUCUAAUAAUAACCAAAAAUCCAGAAAGGGAGAGGGGGAGAGGGGAAAUAUCACAAUAGCCAGAACUACAGAAAUCUACAAUAGUCUAAAUUACAGAAAGGGGGUGGGGUAGUUAUCACUGUAUUCUAAAUUAAAGGGGAUCUCAUAAUAUAUUAAAUUACAGAAAGGGGGAAUCUCAUCCUAUUCUACAGUACAGAACAGGGGAAUUUCACCCUAUCCUGCAUUACUGAAUGGGGGAUCACAACCAAUCCAACAUUACAAAAUGGGGAGGGGGAUCUCACAAUAUUCUAAAUAAAUAUCACAAUAUUCUAAAUUUAAGGGGAUCUUAGAAUAUAUUAAAUUACAGAAAGGGGUGAUCUUGUAAUAGUCUAAAUUACAGAUCGGUGUAGGGCUUCUCAUAUUAUUUUAAGUUACAGAAUGGGGGGGGAGGGAU